CCAUCGUCAACAGAACAGUGCCAAUAGUGGCAAGUAGUAGUGCAAAGCAAACAGAGCAGGCAUUCUUGACACUCAACACACUCAACUUUCAUCAGUCAAGAAUCCAGAUUUCCAGAAUCCAGGAUCCAGAAUCUCGGCAGAAAGUCAAGCGAAGAGGGUGUGGUGCAUGUGCCGUGCAUGAAUCCCGUUGACGGUCAACUCACCCGCUGACUGUGAUACUCGCUUAGCCCGGUUUUUGAGGCCUGCAAUCAUGCAGAGUUCAUCGACCGUGGGGAUCCUGAUGAUCCUCUUGAGCGCCUUCACACUCGAAACCUGGGCCGGACGAGAUUUCUACAAAAUUUUGGGUGUGUCUCGCUCCGCCAACACCAAUCAGAUCAAGAAAGCUUAUCGCAAACUGGCCAAAGAGAUGCAUCCGGAUCGCAAUCCCGACAAGGAGGAUGCCAACGAGAAGUUCCAAGACUUGGGAGCCGCUUACGAGGCCCUCUCGGAUGCGGACAAGCGCAAACUCUAUGACAAAUGCGGCGAAGAAUGCCUGAACAAGGAGGGCGGCGGCGGGGGCGGGGGUGAUCCCUUUUCCAGUUUCUUUGGCGGUGAUUUCGGCUUCAACUUCUUUGGUGACGGACCUGGCGGGGGCGAACGCGAAGCUCCGCGCGGGGCCAAUAUUGUCAUGGACUUGUAUGUGUCGCUGGAAGAGUUGUAUGUGGGCAAUUUUGUGGAACUCACGCAUAAUAAGCCGGUUAUGAAACCGGCCAAAGGCACGCGACGCUGUAAUUGUCGGCAAGAAAUGGUUACACGCCAAUUAGGGCCCGGACGGUUCCAGAUGACGCAACAGCAAGUCUGCGAUGAGUGUCCCAACGUCAAAUUCGUCACCGAAGAACAUUUACUCGAGGUUGAGGUGGAACAAGGCAUGACGGACGGUAUGGAAACGAAGUUUGUAGCUGAAGGCGAGCCCCACGUAGAUGGGGAACCGGGCGAUCUCAUUCUCAAGAUUCGGACGGAGCCGCAUCCUCGUUUUGAGAGGCGUGGCGAUGAUCUCUACCUGAACGUGACCAUUUCUCUCGUGGACGCUCUGAGUGGGUUCGAGCUCGACAUCGAGCAUUUAGACGGACAUCAGGUGCAUGUGACUCGAGAUAAGAUCACUUGGCCCGGGGCCCGGAUCCGAAAGAAGGGCGAAGGCAUGCCAAACUUUGAAAACAAUAACCUCUUCGGCACCUUGUACAUCACAUUCGACGUUCAAUUCCCCAAAGGCGAGCUCACCCCCGACGAAAAGGAGGAAAUGGCCAAGAUUUUGAAGCAAGAUCCCGUGAAUAAAAUUUAUAAUGGAUUGGGUGGAUUUUCAUAGACAUGGAUGGUCGCAUCAACUCAUCCAUGACAUUGCCAGCCUCAUUUGUGAUAUUUCUAUGCCACUGUUAGAUGAAUGCCUGUUUUUGUUCGUAUGUAUGUGUGUGUUUAGGAAUAGUGGCUCCGUUAGGACUUAUAUAUUAGAACGCUGUCACGUCAGCAUGGUUUUAUUGAUACAAAAUAAAACCCUACCACAAUCAUA